UCAAAGCGGAUGGGUGGUUAUCAUGUGUGCAGACGGUCAGCUGACAGGUCCGGCUUGCUCCUGAUGUUUGCUGGGUUUAUUUGUCGCAGCUCGCUAUCGUUUAAUGAAUGCGGCGCUAUGCUUGGCCAAGGAGAGCCAUGGUAGUCGUCAACUCGGUGCUCAAGCUGCUUCAGAGACAGACGUACACCUGUCUGUCCCACCGAUAUGGACUCUACCUCUGCUUCGGAGGCAUCGUCCUCAUGAUUGUGUCUGCUUUCCAGUUUGGAGAGGUUGUUGUAGAGUGGAGCCGAGACCAGUAUCAUGUGCUCUUUGACUCUUACCGGGACAACUUGGGUGGUAAAUCAUUUCAAAGCAGGCUCUGUCUGCCCAUGCCCAUUGAUGUGGUCUACACGUGGGUGAAUGGCACCGACACGGCUCUGCUGAGGGAACUGAAGGCCGUGAGAGAGCAACUGGUGGAGGAACAACAAGCCCUGAGGGAGCGUCUGGGGAAAAAUGCAAGCGAGACGACAGAAGAGCCAAAAGACAGGAUGAAGCUGGAAUGCUUGCUGUCCCACUGCAUCGUGGCACCCAUGCUGGCCCUGGAUCCCGCCCUGCCAGCCAACGUCACUGUCAAGGAGCUGCCGUCGCUGUCGCCCUCGCUCUCUGCCGUCAAUGAGCUGCUGCAGCUCAACAAGCCCGUCCACCCGUCCACCGCCGCCUCCGUGCUCAUCUUCCACUCUCAGGCUGAGGCUGAAAAAGCCUACAGUGAUGUGUUCAAGGAAGACAAGAAAUUCUCAGUGUCCAGGUGUUACCUGACGACAGACAAAGAGGCCCCGGGUCUGAUCCACAUGCAGACCCUGGCCUACCUCAGUGGCUUCCCAGGGUCCUUCAAGGAGACGGAGCAGUUGCGAGCCAAACUGCCCUCCUUUGUCACCGACAAGCUCAAGCAGUUUGAGUUGUACUCGGAGGCCAGCAUCGCUCUGCUCCACCUCAAAAGCCCGCAGGACUUCACCGAUCUCAUGCAAAAGGCCAAGAAGAACCUGACACUGGACGGCAAGGAGCUGACCAUUAGCCCCGCCUACCUCUUCUGGGACCUGACCGCCAUCUCGCAGUCCAAGCAGGAUGAAGACGUCUCAGCCAGCCGCUUCGAGGACAACGAGGAGCUGCGCUACUCUCUGCGCUCGGUGGAGAGACACGCCCCCUGGGUGCGACACGUUUUCAUCGUCACAAACGGGCAGAUCCCCUCUUGGCUCAACCUGGAUAACCCUCGCGUUUCAGUUGUCACACAUCAGGAGAUCUUCUUGAACCAUAGCCACCUCCCCACCUUCAGCUCCCCCGCUAUUGAGAGCCACAUCCACCGCAUCCCGGGGCUUUCGCAGAAGUUCAUUUACCUCAACGACGACGUUAUGUUUGGCAAAGACGUCUGGCCCGAUGACUUCUACAGCCAUUCCAAAGGACAGAAGGUGUAUCUCACCUGGCCCGUUCCCAACUGUGCCGAGGGCUGCCCGGGAUCAUGGAUCAAGGAUGGCUACUGUGACAAGGCAUGCAACAACUCUGCAUGUGACUGGGAUGGAGGAGACUGCACAGGGGCUUCAGGGAGCAGCAGGUUCCCGGGUGGGAUCGGAGGCGGGGGUCCCGGUGGAGCUGGUGGGCCGGUGUGGCAGUUUGCCGGCGGCCUUGGUGGAGCCUCGUACUGCAAUCAAGGCUGCGCCACCUCCUGGCUGGCGGACAAGUUCUGUGACCAAGCCUGCAAUGUUCUCUCCUGUGGCUUUGAUGUGGGCGACUGCGGCACAGACCACUUUGGAGAGCUGCACCGUGUCACCCUGCUGAGCAGCCAGAGUGUCUACACCCUCCCAGUCGGAGAGGUCAGACCUUAUUUCAGCUUUGAGAGACUGGCUCACAGGGUCUCUGAGGCGCAUGUCAGUGACAACGCGGUGGUGCGGCACACCUCCGUGGCCAACAAGUGGAAGACCAUUCACCUGCUGCUCCAUGGCAACUACAACGCCACCCUGGUCCAGUACAACCUCACCUUCCAAAGGGAGGACAACACGGCGUUUACCAUGAGCUUUAGCGUGGUUGUUGACACUCGUCAGCUACCUCAAGUUAAUAGGUCCCAGACCAGCAAGGAAAGCUUUAGCCAGAAGCCCACCACGACCACGGAACCACUGUUCUUGUUCCCAGACGUACCCGAGGACAAGCGGGGUCCUCGCAUCCAAAGGAGGCAACCUGACGAACUUGAGUCUGUCAUAGAAGUCCCUGCGCUCGAUGAGUCGCUCUUGCCUGCUGUUGUGCGCAGCGAGCUUGAGAAGCUGGGUGAGAAACUUCUCAGGGGAGACAUUACCUUGAAAGGGUACAACCUCACCAAGGCUCAGCUGCUGAGAUCCCAGCAGGCGACGACCCAGAAGGAUCUUGAGGUGAUCAGGGCCGGUCGAGACGAACGUGACACUCCUUUCAGUCUACUUCCUGUGGAGGAUGUGCGCCACAAUGGCUUUGACGCUCCUCACAUGGUGGAGAGGCCCAAAACCUCCAAGCUGCUGAGCCGCAUCACCAAAGUCAAGAGUGCUGAGGGUCAAGUCGAGACCUCUGAAGCUGCUCCAGUGGGUCGGCGGCUCCAGCAUUUUGUCCCUGCUGACAGAGGCUUCCUGCCCUGGGAGAAGAGGAAGUACUUCCAAGACCUGCUGGAGGAAGAAGCGCGUCUGCAGAGGACUCUAGCGUAUGACGCCAAGAGCAACGCCGCCGGCCGGAAGCUGCAAGACACGUUUGCCGACUCGCUGCGCCACGUCAACAAGCUGCUCAACCGCCAGUUUGGCUUUGCGUCCCGCAAGGUCCCGGCACACAUGCCCCAUAUGAUUGACAGGCUGGUCAUGCAAGAGCUGCAGGACACAUUCCCAGACGAGUUUGACAAGACGUCCGGCCACCGCGUGCGCCACCCGGAGGACAUGCAGUUUGCCUUUUCCUACUUUUACUUCCUGAUGAGCACGCAGCAGCAGCUCAACGUCUCGGAGGUGUUUGACGACAUCGACACCGACCACUCUGGCAUUCUGUCGGACCGCGAAAUUCGGACUCUGGCCACAAGGAUCCAUGAGCUUCCCCUUAGCCUCCAGGACCUGACAGGUUUGGAGCAGAUGUUGAUCAACUGCUCAAAGACACUCCCGAGGAACCUGACCCAGCUCCACCUGGUCAACCCCACACAGGAAGCCUACUAUGACCACAGCAUGCCUCCGGUCACUAAAGGCCUCAUCCUGUACUGCAAGUCCGUCACGGAUCGCAUUCACAAAGCGUUCGUGGACCAGAACAAGUACAAGUUUGAGAUCAAGGGCGAGGAGGACAUUGCGUUCAAGAUGGUCCGGACCAAUGUGUCGCAUGUGGUUGGCCAGUUAGACGACAUCCGGAAGAAUCCCAGGAAGUUUGUCUGUCUCAAUGACAACAUUGACCACGCCCACAAGGAUGCCGCCACGGUGAAGGCCGUGCUGAGGGACUUCUACGACUCUGUGUUCCCGCUGCCGUCCCAGUUUGAGCUGCCCAAGGAGUACCGCAACCGUUUUCUGCACAUGGAUGAGCUCCAGGAAUGGCGGGUUUACCGGGACAAGCUGAAGUUCUGGACCCACUGUGUCCUCGUGACGCUGGUGGCUUUCACUGUCAUGUCCUUCUUUGCCGAGCAGCUCAUCCACCUAAAGCGCAAGCUGUUCCCCCGACGCAAAGUGACCACAGAGGAGAACCCCGAGAGAGUUUAAACCAGGAAGUCCUCGUCAUCUUUACCUGCGUCCCCCGUCCUGCUCCAUGGAGAAGACCCACGAGGACGCAGCCUUGUUAGGAACACAAAGGUCCUCAAUGUUUACGGCGGUGAUGGUUCCGCCACAGGGGCAUCAGAGACCCAAAACACUCCAAACGUGACCUGCGCAGAGUUUGAGGUUCAUCAAUUUCUGCUCAUUUAUCUUGCGUGUCGGCAUUGGAUGAGGAAGAAUCGCCCAUUCGCUCAGACUUGAUUUUAAAGGAGUUAUUUAAUUGAAAGAAUUGUUGGUUGUGUCCUUAACGUGGGGUCUUGAAGUGCCUUCUAUGUUCAUUCCACCUUGGACUCCUCUUUUAUAAGAUAAAUGUUAUUUGGGGGGGCAAAAAAACGCCCUUUCUUUUAAAAUGGGUACAAAUGGGUUUGAUGGAUGCGGUGGCUUUCUUCCUGCUUCAUCACGCUGCAGCGUCACGGCGCCGGCUCGCUCCUCCCCCUCCGAAGCCUGCGGCAGAGCGUGACGCGCACUUGCAAAACAAGAGCUGUGAUUGGUCGUCUUUUUUUUUUUUUUUUUUUUUUUUUUAGUACAGCGGAACCUUGGUUAGCGUCAUAAAUUUGUGACACUGCAAUACCAACAGGGACCCCACCUUCCAGUUUUGCCAUGACUUGUUUUUGGAAUUCAGUAGUCUUUCUAACCUCAAGUCUCUGCUUUUCUUUUGGUCACGGCUGCAAAAUAACCCUAAAUGGAGCCAAAGAAAGUUGCAAGUGGCAGCAUUGGAGGAGCAUAGAAAAUGGUGGAUGGUGCUGCAAUGCUGCCUCUGUCCAGUAGAGGGAGCCAGAGCACCCUGAGUCCGAAGCCCAGAGGGAGGCUAAUGUCAUUGCAGCGCUCUAACGAAUGCGUUGCUCAGACACAAUGCCUGAUGGGAACACUUUGAAAUUUUGUUGUUUUUUAUUUUUUAAACUUUAUUCACAAUUCACACAUGGCUCUGUUUACGAUCGGCCAACGUUUGAACAGAUAAACAUUUCAGACAAACAUUACCGCAAAUGAAUGAAGUAUUGAAAGUAUCUUGAUUGGAGAAUCGAUUUCAGUGCACGAAGAGCUCGUGUCAGAAGUAUCGAUAUUUCAGUAUGGAUCCGCACAUCACUACUUAACGGGGUCGUAUGCUAACCAAGGUUCCACUGUACAUCGUUUCCCUCCAGAGAAUGUAGCAAAUUGCUAAGCGUGUGAUUAGUUCCAGCUCCAACAACCAUGUGGAUGUCUCUUCAGUCGCCAUUGUUCACUACCACUACAACCCAGGAAGCUAAACAGCUAGUCAAAGCGAGUUGAGGCAAACGCUGCCCCCCCUCGACCUUUUCAGCAGUAGUGCUAUACAGUCGUCCCUCGCUAUAUCGCCUUCUUUCAGAAAUGAAUAAAUGAUGGCUGUUUGUGACACUGCAUGAAGUCAGCCAUGGCAUAUCCCACAAGUUCUUCUCCCAUUCCGUGUGGAAGUGAUAAGUUUUUGUCUUUUUAAGUUUACAAGAAAUAAAUUUGGGGCUAACUGGUUAGCUAGCUGGUGGCCGUCUCUUCUCCCUGAAGCAUAAAAGUUGCGCAAUGUGCUGUAAACAAUGAAUAAUAGGAGCGUGAAGGUGACUAUAAGGGUGUUACUUCAUGUCUGCAGGGCUCUAAUCAUGUUAAAAGAACGGAUUUAGAAAGUCACAAACAGGUUUUCUAUGCUCUAACUAUGAAAAUAUUAAAUAUAUUAACACUGAGUACUUGGUCGGGUCUGGAACCAUUUGGCCGUGAUAAACGAGGGACGACUGGAACAGGAUCAGGAUGCCGUAGUGACCACGCUGUAGCAUAAUGAAGCUUUUAGCCGUCUGUGUGCGCACGCGCGCGUCCCCGUGGGACUCGGCAGACUCGCUAAUGUCUGAAAUUCAGACGCCUUGCCUCGCUCUUUAACUUAUUUUGACUUUGAUUUGAAAGCGACUGCAGCCUCGCAGGAUGCAAGCGCUUUGUGACGCUGGGCGCAAUCUUCCACGUCAAAUAAAAUGUCACCUUGUUCAUCUUUUGUGUUUUGUUUUUUUUUUCCCAAUCAAGACCAAAAACAACAAAAUGCAUGAAAAAUAUCAUCUUUUAUUACAAACGCCCCCUCUCUCCCACACACACGCAUUUGUUAAAAAUUGUUACUGAACAGUGAAAAAUGCAGGUUGUACAUUUCAAUGCAUAGUUUCAUACAUAGAAACUGAAUAGUGAGAUGCUAUUUUCCAGAGUCAAAUCCAGGAAAAGCAUAUUUAAAGGAAAAGUGCACUUUUUGGGGGAAUUUUGCCCCAUCAUCCACAAUCCCUCUGUGAGACAUGAACACACACGGCUCUUUUCUGUACGUUGUAAAAAUCUAAAAACAGAUACAAAGAGGCAAGUAAGGCUACAUUUGCACUUUUUUGCUUACAUGUGACCUGUAUCUCAUUUUUUCAUGUCAGUGUGAACAGUACAACUCUGAUUGUUAUCAAUGCAAUAGGUAUCCCAUCUUCUGCAGUCUGAAGAGUCAGGUUGCAUAUUUACAGUACGACAUAUACGUCAUCGAAAGGCGUGAUUUACCGUGCAAGGCUUGGAUAAAAGGUACUCACCUUCUUCUUGUCAGAUGAAAAAUAAACAAGUUCUACACAAACUGCCAUAGCCAAAAUUCUUGCCCUCUUUCUUCUUAAUCUCCUGCAUGGAAUCAUUCAGUAAUGUGAACGUAAAAAAAGCAGAUUUUAACAAAAAAUCCGAAUUGGGCAUCAUACCUUGCAGUGUGUGCCAACGCAGGUAGAAGAAUAUCAGCAAGCAUAGCCAAAAGAAUAUUAGCAAAUGUGGCCAAAUGAUCAGCAAAUGUAGCCAAAAAUACAUCAGCAAACGUAGCUAGAAGAAUAUCAGUGAACACAGAAUAAUAUCAGCAAACACAGCCAAAAGAAUAUUCGCAAAGGUAGCUAAAUUGUCAGUAAAUGAGCCAAAAGCGUAUCAGCAAACAUAACUAGAACAAUAUCAGCAAACCGAUCCAGAAGAAUAUCAGUGAAGAUAGAAGAAUAUCAGCAAACAUAGCCAAAAGAAUAUUCACAAAUGUAGCAAAGAGUAUCAGCGAACGUAGCUAGAAGAAUAUCGGCAAACAUAGCCAAAAGAAUAUUCACAAAUGUAGCCAAGAGUAUCAGCGAACGUAGCUAGAAGAAUAUAAACAAAUGUAGCCCAAAAAGUAUCUGCAAGCAUAGUUAGAACAAUAUCAGCAAAACAUAGCCAAAUAAUAUCAGCAAACGUGACCAGACAAGAUGCACCUACUCCGCCUAGAAUGUGAGCUGCAUAUUAACCAAGCUACAGCGACAUUAUUAUUAUUAUUAUUAUGAACAUUGUUAUGCCCAAGAACUACGUUACUGGCGUAGUGACGCCUCGCCACACCACACGGGCCAGCUUCUAGCCGGCUAGCUUCACCACACGCCCGCUCACAAAGCCUCAGGCCACUAGCCAAAGGUAACGCUACAUAUCGGAGCUGCCGGCACUGCUGCUGUGUUUUUGUUUUGACGCUAGGUGUAGCGUUCCUUUCUAUGUUGCUAUGUGAACUCAACGCACCAAGGAAGGAAGUUCCCAAAAUAGUGUAAGUAUUCCAUGUUAUCAUGAAUGUAGCUGUUACUACCUGCUCACAGCACGGAUAGAAAACCACUAAACCUUGUUGGAGGGGUUUUAAUAGCAGCCUUUCUAUGUGGAAUAGGUGUGUUCCAUUACCCGCAUUAAUUACCUGUUACCUGUUUUUAUAUCUUUAGAACUCACAGAAAAGAAAGACAUAAGGACUGGAUGGUGGGCAAAAUCCCCUCCCCCCAAAAAAGUGCACUUUUCCUUUGACUUUUUAAAUAGUAAAGCGGAAAGAAGAAAAAGCGUUUGUCCGGAGUACAACGCAAUCAUUGCAGUCAAGGAUUCUCCUGGAAGCGACAACAAAAGGGAAGGUUCUGUAUUGCAGUGUCGAGUGGAAAAGAUGUACAAAACGUGUUUGCUUUGGAAUAUUCACAAUGUUUAAUUACAAGACAAAUGAUUUAAGGCGACGUGAGCUGUACAAUCACAAAGAAUUAGCCCUUAAGGGAGAAGAUGUCAGAAAGCAGAACAGGUCGCGCGGUCAAACGCUUCAGAAGUCGACGGCAAUGAGAUGAAAACAAAAUCAAGUCGGGGUCGCCCAUCGCCUGCAGACCAGCCUGUAAACAAAACACCUCGCUGGAAAUCACUCCUCAAUUACUUUUUUGUUUUGUCAUCUCGCAAACCCCGAUUGGUCACAUUUAUUGAAUGAUCGGAAAAGAUUUCAAUCAUUUUGGCUAAAAAGCUUUAAAAAAAAAGAGAACAAUUUGGUAUUUGAGUUAUUUUCGGGGAUGUUUUGAAGCGUUACUUUCCUUUGGUGGGCGAGGCAAGUUUUUUUUGUUUUUUUAGGUAGAGAUGGUCACUUGGUCGAGGCUGGGGGUGGGUGGUCUCUGCUCAUCUUCAUAGUCGUGGUCGUCUGCUUUCAGGAGCGGGGAGAGGUCUGUGUCUCCCCCCGCCUCCUCCCGCCGGGCAAGCUGUCAGUCGCGGUGGGCGGGGCCAGGUGGCGUGAUGCUGAAGACUCGGAUGUGCAGGUGGGCGGCGAUCUGGAGGCACACGCCCGUGCAAUAGCGCACCAAGUCCACAAGGGAGAGCACCUGAGGAGAGAAGGAACAAGUUACCUUACUGCCGUGCUAUUAUUUUGAAGGCCUGACUUUAUCAACUCAUCCUACGACCCACUUUUAGAGUAAAAAUGAGCUGCAGAACACGUGCAUGUUUUUCAACAAAAAUACGCUCAAUUACAAGUGCAGAAUGCAUCUCAGAGCACAAAAUAACAGUUCAUACUUGUAUGUACCAAGGAAGAAGAUGCAAAAUAUUUGGAUUUUAAAAUAAAAAAUACACUUCAGAAUAUCUAAAAAUUACAUUAAAAUAUUUACUGUAAUUUUCUAAUGCAUAUUACAUUAAAAUAUUUAAUGUUUCUCAUAGUCGGGGUAUAUUUUAUUUU